AUGCGCAACAUCGCCUUCACCGUCUCACGCCAGCUCGCGGCGCGCACCGCUGCCCGCCAGGCUCCCGCUCCCUUUGCCGCCCAGCGCCUCUUCCACUCCUCGCCCCGCUUCCUCGCCGACACCGGUCUCCCUCCGACGACGUCCGAAUCGUCGAUGGGCACCGACCGCGGCAAGUCUCUCCCCGUCGACGCAGAGGAGGGCGCGCAGCAGCCCACCCUCAACAAGACCGCCCAGACGACCAACACCUCUGCCUCGUCGGCCGUCAACGACCAGGCUGACCCGGCGCACCCGAACAAGGCCGGCGACGAGAGCGUCGCCGCGCACUCGCGCGGCCAGCCUUCGACCGCGAGCGACUCGCUCAACGCCAAGGCGGGAGCGAACCCGCUCAAGCCGGGCGGAGCGCGCGGAUACCACUCGAGCGCUGUCAGGCGCGACGGGACCAAGAACGAGGGGUCGGUCGGGAUCGAGCACCAGAGUGCCCAGCACCCGGGCAAGUCUGAUAUCGAGCACCUCGAGAACCCCUCCCUCAGCGAGGAGAUUGUCCACGCCGACCGCGACGCCGCCGACCCCCUCAAGAAGGGCCCGUCGGCUGCAGGUGCCGCUGGCGCUGCGUCGUCCGCCGCUGAGCAGGUCAAGGACGCCGCGAGCAAGGCCGCCAACGCCGUCAAGGACGCCGCGUCGACCUUGACCGGCCAGAAGCGCUCUUACCACUCGUCUGCCGUCCGCCGCACGGGCGCAACAUCGAACGAGGGCUCGAAGCCGGUCGAGGAGCAGUCUGCCCAGCACCCGGGCAAAUCGGGACACGACCACUUGGAGAACCCGUCGAUGAGCGAGGAGACGGUCCACGCCGACCGGACGAAGAAGGACCCCUUGCCCGACAAGAAGAAGGCCGGCAAGUCGAAGAAGGGUGGAGACGGUACCUCGAGCGUGAGUCCCGCCGGUCAGCCGAAGGAGAAGAUCGAGGACCUCCCCGACGAGGAGGCGACUCGCCGUUCGGCUUGA